AUGAAGGAUCAAGGCACUAUCUAUAAGGAGACAUGGGGGGAUGAGACACAAGAGGAAGCUGCUGAACGGCAUAAACGAGCAUCAGCGAUUUCUUCCGCUUAUUAUGACUUAAUUACCGAGAACUACGAGAGCGGUUGGGGGCGCAAGUUCCACUUUUGUCGUUUCCUACCAGGUGAAACAAUUGAUACAGGACUUGCGCGCCACGAACACCUUCUUGCACUCAAUCUCAAACUCGGUCCUGGCAAAAAGGCACUGGAUCUGGGCUUUGGAGUUGGCGAGCCUGCGAGGGAAAUAGCUCUAUUUUCAGGCGCUCAUGUGACUGGUAUUAAUAUCAACAUACCUCACAUUGCUCGAGCUCAAGUUCUGUCGAAGCAGGCAGGUAUUGGGGAAGAUAAAGUAAAGUUUCAAUUUGGAGACUUCACGGACAUUCCAUUCCCCGACAACAGCUUUGACGCGGUCUAUGCUAUCGAAGCCACCUGCUACGCAGCUAACCUCAAAGACGUCUACUCCGAAGCCCACCGCGUCCUCAAACCUGGCGGCUACUUCGCGACCAUGGAAUUCAUGAUGACGCCCAGAUACGACGCUUCCAACCCGGUCCACAAACAAAUCAAAUACCGCAUCAUGCGCGGCACCGGCUGUCACGACCUAGUCACCGAGCCCACGGUCCUCACAGCCCUCAAAGACAGCGGUCUCCAAUGCAUCCGUCACGAAGACAUCCACGCCACGUCUCAAGGCGGACCGCCCUGGUGGGCGCCCAUCGAUGGCAAUAUGGCUCCAUUCUGGGCCUGGAGGGAUAAAUGGAUGAUCUUUAAGAUGAAGGAGUGGUUUUUCCAUAUUUGGCUGUUUCUUGUGUGGGUUCUUGCGUGCGUGGGGUUGAUGAAGUGGAAGGAUUAUGUCUCGAUGGAGGAGCUUUGUGAGGGCGUUUGGGGGAUGAGGGAUGGUGGGCGAGAGGGCAUUUUUACGCCGGAUUUUAUGUUUGUUGCGAGGAAGCCGGGGGGUAAGGAUGAUUGA